GGUCAUAGUGGCAGUUAGCAUAAGUUUCGUUUACCUCGUAAAAGUAAAAUGGUCGAUUUCGCCCACAAUAAUAAGCAUCAAUAGUGAGCCCGCCUUCAUUGUCCGUGAACCGUUUCCUAGUGUAACGAUUUGCAACAUGAAUCAAGCACUCAAGAGCAGAGUGGCAAAUUUUACCAAGAAUUCGAUGGAGUACGAAGUGAUGCAAUUUUCCUGCGAUAUGAAGUCUAAUUUAACGGUAUUAGAUGCUAUUAAGGAUUGGCGUUUUCCCACUGAAGUGAUUUUGAAUGUAUCCCAAUCUUGCGAGCGGAUGUUACUUGACUGCACUUUUGGCGGCGUUUCAUAUAAUUGUACGGACCUCUUUCAACCUGUUUUACUGGAUGAAGGUUUAUGUUGCACAUUCAAUUCAUUGGAUCCAGUUUAUAGAUUUAAAAAUAUAUCAAACCAGUUUGCGUUUAAUACAUCAUAUCCCCCUAAUGUCAAGCCAGUGGAUUACAGCUUGGAAAAUGGCUAUCAGAAUCCCUUACCUGAACACUAUUCUCCAAUGAGAGCUAUAGGCUAUGGGAUAACAGUCGGUUUGAGUGUCGUUUUAAAUGUGGAUAGUGAUGAGUAUUAUUGCUCUACUAGUAAUAGUAUAGGUUUCAAAUUAUCAAUACACAAUCCCGAGGUCAUGCCGGAUAUACGUGAAAAUGGGUUGCUGCUACCGCCGGGUCAAGAAUCCUUCGUGCGUCUACUGCCCACUCAAUUGAUCGCACACAAGAAGCUACGUAAUCUCAGUAGAAAACAAAGGAACUGCCUUUUUGAAGAAGAAUCGAAAUUAAAUGUGUUUUCCUACUAUUCUUAUGAAAAUUGCGUGUAUGAGUGUAGAACUGAAAUUCUUAUAACACAUUGUGGCUGCAUCCCGCCUCACAUAUAUACCAAAUAUUCGAAUUUUACGGUCUGCAGUUAUAAAGAAUGGCCAUGUUUUCUUAGGGCUAAUUAUCUAUCUAAGAGAAAUGACCAGUUCUGCGGUCAGCAAUGUUUGCCCAAGUGCUUUUCCAAAAGCUUCAAAGUGGAUAUAUUCUCCGCAAAGCUAAAUAAAACUUUCCUUGAGAUAUCUAGCCCGAUAAUCGCGAAUAUGAGUAGCGCCUACGUGGAUAAAAAUAUUGCCGUGGCGAGAUUUUACUUGAAUCAAUAUAAUUAUGAAAGCACCAUAAAAUCGCCAUACAUUGAUGCUAUCGAUGUGCUGGUAUGUUUUGAUACAUUUAAACAUUGGUCUAAAUCUAAAAAAUAUGGCGAUAUGACUGCAGUAUAGGGCACGCUAAAAUAUUUACCUUCGGUUUAAGGGAUGA